AUGGGCAGCGCUGCAGUAGAAGAAAAGUUUAUUGCCCUAACUCGAUCCUCGAGCCCCAUCACGGAGGCCGAAGUGGAAGCGGUAUUCAACCAGCUGAAGCCCAUUCAACCAGAGGAUCUAAUCGGAGAAUGGGACGGUGGUAGCCUGGAUACGGGCCAUCCAAGCCACCAGAAGUUACAGGCCAUGCGGUGGGCCGGUAAGGUGUUCCGAUCUGUCGACGAUGCGGAUCCGAUUGUUGUUCACGACGAGAAUGGUCAUCGAGUGUUAAUGAGUGACUUUGGGCAUUCGUCGGUCCGCCAAAUGGUUUUUCGGGGAGUUGUGUCCGCAGCCAUGAUUUACGACCAGAAGCCGAUCUUCGACCAUUUUCGCUAUGUGAGCGAUGAGAUGGUGGCUGGGGCGAUGGAAGCUCCCAAACUGAUGGGCCCGACGGGGACAUACUACUUCUAUCUCGUCCGCCGGAAGGAGUCGUCAAAGUAG